AUGGAUUCUAAUUCAGAACGCACUGUUAAAAAAAGAACACCGAAGAAAGAUACAGUUAGAGAUGUAGCUGUCAGAGAGUCUCUUUUAUCUGAAUCGACUUCAGGAAUCUGCAAAGACGAGGAAGAUGAACCAACCUCAUGCACUUCAACAUUCUCAAGUCCAGAUCUAGAUUUGAGUAACGUAGAUCACUUAGUCACAAUAACAGAGAGCAAUGGCGGGUUCACAAAUGAUAUUAUUGAUAAAAACACUAAACUAGACACUAAGAAUGGAAAAGCAAAUUACGUCAAAAUUACAUCGAAUCCGGUGGAUGAUGUCGAUAUCGAAAAAUCUGAUAUAAAUAAAAAGGUAGCCAUACCAGACGGUGGGUGGGGGUGGGUGGUAGUUUUGGCUUCAUUUAUUAUAUCUAUGAUAGCUGAUGGAAUUAGUUUUUCCUUCGGCUUACUGUAUAUUGAAUUUUUAGAGGAAUUCGAAGCGAGCAAAUCUACGACUGCUUGGAUCGGAAGUCUAUUUAUUGCCGUACCUUUAUUAUCUGGACCAGUUAUGAGUGCACUGGUCGAUAGAUAUGGAUGUCGUAGUAUGACUAUACUGGGCGGCAUAAUUUCAACACUUGGCUUUGUCUUGGCAUCGAUCUCAACUACUUUGGAAAUGAUGAUGAUAACUUUUGGCGUAAUUGCUGGCCUGGGCCUCGGUUUGGUAUACGUCACUGCUGUAGUAUCUAUAGCUUACUGGUUUGAGAAAAAAAGGAACUUAGCGGUUGGUUUGGGUGCGUGUGGUACCGGCGUCGGAACUUUUGUCUACGCACCUAUGACCCAGUAUUUCAUUGAAGAGUAUGGUUGGAGAGGUACAAUACUUCUGCUGUCUGGAACACUUUUAAAUUUAUGCGUAUGUGGGUGUGUGAUGCGCGACCCAGAAUGGUGGAUUCUCGAGCAAAAGAAGCAGAAAAGUAGCAGAGAUGAGGGCAAAAUGAAAAGAGACAGUGUUUCAAGGAAUUCUAGCUCCUUGUCUGUAGUCAAUCCAUAUGCAUUUGACUUCGACGCCCCUACUCGUGGUAAAAGUAUGGGUGGUCUGAUCAGAAGAGGUGUAUCACCUGAGAAAGUUAUAAGACAGGAAGCUGCAAGUAUUAAACGUCAUCAAAAUUUACUACAAAUGAAGAAGAAGCAAUAUAAAAUCGAGACACGGUCACGAUCUGUCGUUAACAUACCCACGUAUCUUACCUACAGCGACAAGGUAUCUAUGACUUUGUUGGAUACCCUUGUAAAAAACACUAGCAAAGAAUAUGAUAUAGAAAUAAAGUACCCAUCGUUUGCUAUCAGCAGAAGAUGCCACAAAAAAGUAGAAGUUGAAAGUCCUGAAGAAGAAAACGAUAUACCUAUAGUCACUUACGAAAAACCACUGCUUCAAAGAACAAAUUCAGAAAAAUAUGGGUAUAAAAAAGAAAAGGACUAUGAACAUUACCAACUAAAGAAUCCUAGGCAAGGACGAGUAUUUAAAAAAUCAAAGUCCGACGAAGAUAGAAACGAUAGUAAAAUGUUAAUAAAGCAGGAUAGUAAGGAGAAUAAAAGAGAUUGGCUCAAGAAGCAGCUUUCUGUAAAUCAUCAUUAUUUGAAAGAUUUGAAGAUGCCUAUAAAUUCUAUAAGUCAUAGAAACGCGAUAUUGAAUAUAAAAAGGUAUAGAUUAAAAGCUUCAUCAUGUCCUGAUAUAUUUAAAAAUUCUAUGAUCACGAUUGACGAGAAAGAAGAGAAAUGGUAUGACGACUGCGUCAGCUGCCUCGCCGACAUGUUCAACGUCCAACUGUUCAAGAAGAUGACCUUCAACCUGCUUUGUCUUGGCACUAUAAUCCUGUUCAUCUGGUUCAUAGUGCCUUACUUCUACUUGGCCGAACAUAUGAUCCACAAGGGGUACACUGAAGACGACGGGGCUGUCAUGCUCAGCUUGAUUGGCGUUACCAAUACUAUAGGAAUGGUGGGUUUAGGCUGGAUCGGUGACUUUCCCCAAGUCUCCAUCGGGAGUCUUUACGCCUUCUGCCUCAUCCUCUGCGGCGCCUCCGUCGCCGCUCUACCACCAGCCGCUACCAAUUAUUGGAUUCUCGCCUCUGUAGCGUCGGCUUUCGGUCUACUUUUCGCUGCAUCCUUCACGUUCACACCAAGUUUGCUGGUGAAAUUGGUGUCUUUAGACGACUUCACGUCUGCGUACGGAUUGGUGCUGCUUGCGCAAGGUAUCGGUCAUCUGAUUGGUCCUCCGUUGUCAGGUUUGAUCUACGACUUGACGUUUUCCUGGGAGUUGUCUUUCUACCUUGCUGGUGGCUGGAUCAUGGUGUCAGGUCUUCUCAUCUCCCUCAUACAGCCGGUCAAGAUGUACCAAAUGAGUCACGCUGAAAGGGAUGACCGUAGCGAAUCUAGUGCAUAAAAAACACUUAAUAUUAUUAUGGAACUUUAAAAGCCAGAGUCCACCAAACGCAGAACAGUAGCAGUUAAAAGAAAUUCUUAGAACUCGACGCAAACUACGCUACGCUACUGAACUGCGUUUGGUGUGCUCGGGCCUUAAGAAUUUUAUAAUAUUCUUGCGAACCAUAAAUUAAUUAAAUAGAUCUUACCAUCGAAUUAAGACUAAGGCGUGGAUUAUAACAAAAUCUCAAUUUAUAAACUUAAGACAAUACAAGUUUACAUUAAUUAUUUCAAUUUUAAUAGCUAUGGUAUUUAACAAUGGAACUAAGUAUAGCGUCAUGGCUUAAUUUUUUUUUUUUUUUUUAACGCCACGCUAUUUAAAUGCAUCUAUAAAUUGUGCGAUAUAUGUACGUAUUUACCUUUUAGAAAAAGGGCCAUUGCCAAAACCAUUGCUAGGAAAUUAAUUUAAUUCAAACGACAUUAAUUUAUAUAAUUUUUGACACGAAUAAGAGUCAAAGUACACGUAAAGUAGAAUGUCAUAAAUUUAAUUCAAACGACAUUAAUUUAUAUAAUUUUUGACACAAAUAAGUCAUAGUACAUGUAAAGUAGAAUGUCAGAAAGCGGUUUCUAUGAGAAAGUUAUUAAUAUAGAACACCAGGAUGUGCCGUAUCAGUUGACUAUUGAGAUGGCAAGUGAAAGAAGCAGUUGGAAAAAACUAAACUGCGCUGACCCCACGUUAAGAGUGAGAAAAGGUUACUUAAUACUACAAAAGGUAAUCUAAUAAAAGUCACUUUUAGGUGGAUGUUUGAAAUCCGACAAAGUGAAAAUAGAAAUGUCGAAAAUCGGACCCUGGGCCCCGAAGCAUGAGGCAACGAAGCGAAGUGGGCAACUGGGAACACGCAAAGAUGUGAGAGAAGAAUUCAAGUCACUGUCUACAAAAUAAGUGAUUAAGAAGAAUUAAAUAUUUGUAUGGCACGUUAUAAAUUGGGAGUUGGAAAUUAGGAAGUUUAUACAAUGUUUAUGCACAAUGUAUUUUUAAUAAUCUAGUAUUUUUCCUUGUAAUGUAUUUGUUAUUAGUACAAUAAGUAUUUAAUAUUAUUAUAAAAUAGACGAAAAUACUUAGGUACCUAACUAUUGUAUUUCCUCGAUAUUUAUUCAUGUUUUAAAAAUAUGAGCAUCAGUUAUAUUAAAAUUAUUGGAAACAU